ACUGCGAGCGAGCAGUGAAGGACCCUGGACCCCAAAACACAGUCGGUCCUGGGAGGUCAUAGGGCGGGAUCACGUCAGGCAGCAUUUCCUGACAUCCGGGUCUCCGAGGGACUGGGGUCCAGGGAUGAGGGGCGGGGCCUCGGGUGGGCAGAGGGGAGACGACAUGCCGCCUGAGUGACGACGCUGAGGGAGAACUGAGGGGACCCGGGACCCAGAAGAUAGGCCACGCCACAGAAAGGCGCCCUUGCUAUCAGCUGUCCGGAGGCCCGAGGGGAGGUCAGGCCCACGAGGUUUGUCCUGACUUCCGCAUCAGGGUCUCAGAGAGACUGGGGACAUAGUGAAAGGGAGGCGGGGAUCUCAGGUCUGCGGAGGCGAGAAUCUCAGAGCCGCCUGGGAGUGAGGGGGCUCCAGACAGCGGGAGGUGAAGGCCUAGGUCUGAGACACAUGUCCUCGGGUCACAGAGCACAGGAGGCCGGCAGUGCCAGGACUGAAGGUUCACAGACGACCGUCCACCAGGAGGAGAGCCCCUGUGAGGCCGAGGGCACCCCUGGAGAGGAGACCUGCCCGUGGGUCCCCAUCUGUCACCCUUGCCUCCACUCCUGUCGGCUGCCGGACACCCGUCGUCAUGCCUGUGGUUCAGAUGGGUGACCUCCACCAGACUGAAGCCGACUUUCAGGACCCAAGAGAGGCUGAGGAUGUGGUGGUUGCGCAGGAGAUGGGGGCUGAGGAGGAGGAGGAUGCAUCCCCCUUGUCUCCCUCAUCCUCUUCUUCCUCCUCCUCCUCCCCCUGCCCCUCCUCCUCCUCCUCCGUCCUGUUCCUGGACACCCUGGAGGAGGUGGAUGACUCUGGGACACCCAGUGCCCCGCAGAGCCCUCGGGGUGUCUUCUCCUUCCCCACUGCUGACGACGCCGCCCCUCCAUGGAGCCAGUCGGAAGACGACACCUCCAGCAGCCAAGAUGAGGAGAGGCCCAGCACCGGCCUGGACCCCGCAGAUGCCAAGUCCUCACACCCAGACCCAUUCCAUUUGAAGGCGGCUGACCUGGUGGGCUUCCUGCUCCUCAAGUACCGCACAAAGGAGCCAACCACAAAGGAAGACAUGCUGAAUGCGGUCCUCAGAGCUGACCAGGACCACUUCCCUGUGGUCUUGAGCCAAGCCUCUGAGUGUCUGCAGCUGGUCUUUGGGGUGGAUGUGAAGAAGGUGGACCCCAGGGAGCACUUGUAUGUCCUGGUCCCCACCCUGGGCCUCACCAGUGACGGGAUGCUGGGCGGUGGGCAGAGCUUGCCCAAGAACGGCCUCCUGGUGAUGCUCCUAGGUGUGAUCCUCCUGGAGGUAGAGUGCGCCACUGAGGAGAAGAUGUGGGAGGCACUGAGUGUCAUGGGGGUGUAUCCCGGGAGGGAGCACUUCAUCUACGGGGAGCCCAGGGAGCUCAUCACCAAAGCGUGGGUGCAGGAGGGGUACCUGGAGUACCGGCAGGUGGCCAACAGCGAUCCCGCUCGCCACGAGUUCCUGUGGGGGCCCCGGGCCCAUGCGGAGACCAGCAAGCUGCAAGUCCUGGAGCAUUUCCUCAGGGUCAAUACAAGGAAUCUCUGUUCCUUCCUGUCCCUGUCUGAAGAGGUAUUGAGUAAUGAGGAAAAUUGGCCCUGAGCCAGACUUGCAGCCGGGCUCCUUCCAGGCCCCUGUCCGGCAGCUUCUC